AGCUGUUUCGCACAACCACAGCACACUAAGCGCAGGUUUCAGACUCCUUGACCUCAUGGAGAUUCACCAGAAUCACUGAGCCCAGCGCGCAGGUCCCAGAACCUCCUGGUCCAGCGAGCCGAGGAGGGUCCAGGAAAGAAGCGGCUGGAGAUCUUCGGUCAAAGUGUGGCAGACAGAGCAGGUCCAAAGGGCCUCCCCGAAAGCUACCACGAUGCGGAAGAGCGAAAAGGGGGAGGACUAUACCACCCUCAUCGCCAUGGAGACCCCGGUGGAGCAGCUCUACGGCAGUAUGGGGGUGUCGGUAGGACCUUCCACGGGUGUGCUGGGCCACACAGGACUCACACACAGCAACACAUUUAGCAACGGUACCACCCAGAUUGAUUUCGUGCUGGUGUGGGAAGAGAAUGGAGCGGCGGACAGGAAGGCUGCGCACAUGGACUCAAGCGGCGAAUCACGGGAGAACUUCUUCUCCGAGCUGCAGGCAGCAGGGAUCCAGCUGGAGAAGAGGGUUGUGGAGGAGGAGAAGACAAGGGUCACCUAUGUGCUUCUCAGUGCCCCAUGGAGUGUGUUGUGUUACUACGCCGAGGAGAUCAGCCUGAAGGCACCUCUAGAGGAAGUCCCACAAACAAACCUCCACUGGUCAAAGAAGGUUCUGGACAAGCUGUCCAUCCCAAACCUCAUGGCUCAAGAUGUACCAAAUCCUCCAAAGGACUAUUACACCUGUCAGUUUCGCAAUAACAAGCUGGAGAGGUUCCUGGGAAGUGAAAACAAAGACACCUUCUUCACGAACACCCAGAGACACCAGAUUCUGUAUGAGAUUUUGGCCCGAACGCCAUACGGAGUGAUGAAGAAAGGAGAGGUGGGAAUUGACAGACUUGUUGCGGAGAAGGUGUUCACUGCUGCAUACCCUCUGCAUGAGGGUCCGUUCAAGGUUGCAGAAGGCCAGGUGGACCCAUGUUCGCUGAGCAUGAGACAGAUUCUGUUCCGUUACUGGGCCCGCUGGGCCUGCUGGAGGAAGUACCAGCCGCUGGACCAUAUCCGAGAGUACUUCGGGGAGAAGGUUGCGCUCUACUUCGCCUGGCUCGGGUUCUACACGGGAUGGCUCCUGCCAGCGGCCAUCGUGGGACUGCUCGUCUUCCUCUUUGGGAUUUGGCUCAUGACCACAGACGUGCCCGCGAAGGAGAUCUGCAACAGCGGGGGGACAUUCAUCAUGUGUCCCCUGUGCAACAUCUGCACGUACUGGAACCUCUCCAGUAUCUGCACCACCUUCAAGGCUGGGCUGCUCUUUGACAAUGGCGGGACAGUGUUCUUCAGUAUGUUCAUGGCGCUGUGGGCCGUCACCUUCUUGGAGUACUGGAAGCGAACCAGUGCCGUGCUGGCGCACCGUUGGGACUGCUCUGAGUUUGAGGAGAUCGAGGAACGCCCGAGACCAGAGUUCACUGCCAUGGCACCCAUGACCCUCCGCAACCCGGUCACUGGCGCAGAAGAACCGUACUUCCCUCAACACCGGAGGUUCAACCGAACCAUAACUGGUUGCAUGGUCAUCAUUGUAAUGCUCUCUGUGGUCCUGAUAUUCCUCAUGGCCAUCAUCCUCUACAGGAGCAUUCUGAGCAUCAUCAUCUACAGGUCCAAGAACUCCUUCUUCAUCUUCUCCGCGGGGAGGAUAGCAAGCCUGACAGGGUCAGUUCUUAACCUGCUGGUGAUUCUCAUGUUGUCUCGCCUCUACACCUUCCUGGCUCAGGUGCUGACUCGAUGGGAGAUGCACCGCACUCAGACCAAGUACGAGGAUGCCUUCAUUCUUAAAGUCUUCAUUUUCCAGUUUGUCAACUUCUACUCCUCGCCAAUCUACAUCGCCUUCUUCAAGGGCAGGUUUGUUGGCUACCCUGGCAAAUACCACACAUUUUUUGGAAUUCGUAAUGAAGACUGUGGUGCAGGGGGCUGCCUCAUUGAACUCGCCCAGGAGUUGCUAGUUAUCAUGGUGGGCAAACAGAUCAUCAACAACGUCCAAGAGUUUGUUUUUCCAAAGCUGAGAACCUGGUGGCAGAACCGUAAGCACAACCCCCAUGGAGGGAAUGAGCAGGGUGCCAGGAAGAAGCCCACUCUCAUGCCCUGGGAGAAGGACUACAAGCUGCUAGUGUGUGAAGGACUCUUCAAUGAGUACCUAGAGAUGGUCCUCCAGUUCGGCUUCAUCACCAUCUUCGUGGCAGCAUGCCCCUUGGCGCCACUCUUUGCACUGCUCAACAACUGGGUCGAGGUUCGGCUAGAUGCUCAGAAGUUUGUGUGCGAGUACCGUCGGCCCGUCGUGGAGCGUGCCCAGGACAUUGGGAUCUGGUUCAACAUCCUGCAAGUCAUCUGCCACCUGGCUGUCAUCAGUAACGCCUUCCUGAUUGCCUUCACUUCCGACUUCCUGCCCCGCCUCUACUACCGUUACACCACCGAGGGCACCCUGAAAGGCUACGUAAAUUUCACCUUGGCUACUGCCCCUCACAGCUACGCUGAGAACCAAACUACGUGCAGGUAUUAUGGCUACCGAGACCCGGAAGGACACCUGUUGCCUGAAUACUACCAGCUGUUGGCCGUACGUCUGGCUUUUGUCAUCAUCUUUGAGCAUGUCGUGUUUUUCAUUGGCCGUUUGAUCGACAUGAUGGUUCCGGACAUUCCCGGGGAGGUGGAGGUGAAGAUUAAACGGGAACACUACAUGGCCAAGGAGGCACUGGCUGAGAACCAGUCACUGGCUAAGAUGGUGACUUUAGAGGACAAGGAGAAGCCAACUCUGAGAUGGAGACGCAAACCUGAGGCCUCGCCUUCUACAGAUCCGGAAUCCCCAGCUCCCUCAUUGAUUCCUGUUUCUGAUGGUCAUCAGAAACCCUCUCUUUGAUUUAUUGAUCCCAGAGAUGAUGCACCUUAUGGACUCAUGAAAAAAGGCGCUGUCAUGCUCUGGGUGGGAAGGAGUGUUCUCAGGAACUGAUAUCAGUCAGUAAAAUGAAUCACUGAGGGGACAGAAAGCUGAUAAACUCCUCGUUUUGUGCUGGGACUCAUCUGGAGCUUAUUAUGAGCUUUUUUUAACAAGUGCACCAGAUCAGCUUUAACAGAACUAAGAGGAGUUUUACACUGUACUUUAUGAGACGGCCGAUGUUAUGAAAAGGAAUAGGUGGUGGCUGGAGGCCAAGAUGGAGAUUCUUUGCUGCCCCUGCAUGUUCUCGUCUCUCCACAAAUAGACCACCGUGUGGAAAUCUGUGCCCAUUUCCAUAGUAAAAUAGUGGCUGGGAAGGUGGAGGGUGCUGGUUUGUAAGAUUCAUAUGACUGCAAAUGACAGAUGGGACUGACAUGAACAUAUUGACGUGAGAUAGUUAAGUUACUGAGUUAAUAUUACAUUAUAUUAUACAGGUUAUAUUAUUCCCGAUAAUGAGCUACAGCUGACACUAUAUACAGUAAAUGAGCUUAAAAGACAUAUUUGUGACUGCACAGAACAGAUAAUUUAUGGUCUAACAGUGCAUAGGGUAGGAGGAACAGGUACAAAGCAAUGCUUUAUGAAUUUCUACGAACACUGCCAGCUGAGUGUCUCUGUACUUUUCAUAUACAGUAUUAAUUGCU